UUAGACAUAUUCUAACCUUUAUUAUUAAGUUGAGUUAUACUUACAGAAGUUUUUCUGUGAUAUAAAAAAAAAUUAUACAUAUACGUAUAUAUAAAUAUUUAAAAUCAUGUUUUUAACCAAUAUUUUAUUAAAAAAACAUAAAAGCAAACAAAUUUUAGUAUUAGUAGAAAGUAUAGCAAGUGGUCACAAACUUGUAAGAAUUCGAGACAGAGUGGCUGAUAAAUUGGAAGAAGUAUAUUUUGAUCCUUAUGUUCAAGCUAAAGUACUCUAUCGAGAAAUGAAGAAACUUAAAAGUUUAUAAAUGUUAAUUUAAUAGAUAAUUUCAUAUAUAUAUAUAAAAUAAUUUAUUUAAUAACGAAAUUGUAUAAAUAUUGUAAUGAAAUAAUAUUAAAAUAAUAAAAAAUAUAAUUAAUAUA